GUGGUUUUGCUGGGGAUGGACAUUCUGUCGGCUCUGGUCAGCAGACUGCAGGAGCGGUUCAGGACGCAGGUUGGGACAGUUCUGCCGAGCCUGAUUGAUCGGUUAGGAGACGCCAAGGACCAAGUUCGAGACCAGGACCAGGCGCUGCUGCUGAAGGUCAUGGACCAGGCUGCCAACCCACAGUAUGUGUGGGAGCGAAUGAUGGGAGGCUUCAAGCAUAAGAACAACAGGACCAGAGAAGGACUCUGCCUUUGUCUCAUCUCCACCCUGAACGUGUUUGGAUCUCAGAGUCUGACGCUCAGUAAAAUCGUCCCUCACAUCUGUAACCUCCUCGGAGAUCCCACAAGUCAGGUGCGUGAUGGAGCCAUGAACUGCCUCGUAGAGAUCUACCGCCACGUCGGAGAGCGAGUGCGAAUGGACCUGGGAAAGAAGGGUCUGCCUCAGUCGCGGCUGAACGUCAUCUUCAGCAAAUUUGACGAAGUUCAAAGGUCAGGCAACAUGGUGCUGUCACCUGUGUCAGACAAAAACUUUGAGGACGAUGACUCGGUGGACGGCGGCCGCUCCUCGUCCUCGUCCAAAGGAGCCUCGUUGUCCGGUAGGAAGGCGGUGAGCAUGGGUUCAUUUCGGCGUCCCGCCUCCGCCUCCGGCGCCAAGUCUGCAGGGAGGGAUGGGCCUGGUGCUGGAGCUGUGGAUGAGGAGGACUUCAUCCAGGCCUUUGAGGAUGUUCCCACCGUGCAGAUCUACUCUAACCGAGAGGUGGAGGAGGCCAUGACGAAGAUACGAGAUGUGCUGUCAGACGAUAAGAAGGACUGGGAGCUCAGAGUGGCAGCUCUGAAGAAGGUGCGUUCGCUGAUCCUGGCCGGCGCAGCCGAGUUCGAUGGGUUUCUGCAGCAGCUGCGGCUCAUGGAGGCGGCGUUCAAACUGUCCGCCAAGGACCUCCGCUCUCAGGUGGUGAGAGAGGCCUGCAUCACUCUGGGCCACCUGUCGUUGGUGCUCGGCAGUCGGUUCGACCACGCGGCGGAGGCCACCAUGCCGAUCCUCCUCAACCUGGUCCCCAACAGUGCCAAAGUCAUGGCCACCUCCGGCAUGGCCGUCAUCCGCCUCAUCCUCAGACACACACACAACCCUCGUCUCAUCCCCAUCAUCACCAGCAACUGUACCUCCAAAUCUGUGGCAGUCAGAAGACGCUGCUUUGAGUUCUUGGACCUGAUGCUGCAGGAAUGGCAGGCGAGCUCUCUGGAGAGUCGACCGCUGUCUGUAAAAAACACCUUUGGAAGCAACACAACGAGAUCCAAAGCUGCCCCCACCAGGACGCCCGCCGCGGCCUCCUCUCCGGGCUCCCUCCAGCGUUCCCGCAGCGACGUGGACGUCAACGCGGCGGCCACCGCCACUGCCCGCACCAGGAUGCCCGCCGUGCCCUCCGCGGUGUCAUCAUCGGCUUCGCCUUUCAGCUCGGCCUCGGCCCUUCCCCCCGGAUCCUACGCUUCACUGGGUCGAGUACGAACCAGGAGGACGAGUUCAGGGAACGGUCCGACUGUGACAGACAGCCGUGGAAGAAGCCGAGGGAAAGUCGUCUCUCAGUCUCAACCCGGCAGCAGGUCCGGUUCUCCCGGCCGACUGCUGAGCUCCACCUACGGCAGGAUCCCGAGGCCGAACAUGGGCACCGCCGCCGCCGCCGCCACCAACAGCACCUCCGCCAGCCUGACCGACAAGACCCGACCCCGAGGUCACCGCAGCCAGGGCUGUAGCCGAGAGACCAGCCCCACCAGAUCAGGCACGGCCCGCAGCCGAAUCCCCCGGCCGAGCAUGAGUCAGGGCUGCAGCCGCGAAACCAGUCGCGAGAGCAGCCGCGACACCAGCCCCGCCAGGGGUUUCUCCCCCCUGGCGACUCGUCGACACUCCCGCUCAACCAGCGCCCUGUCCUCCGCAGAGUGCUACUCAGACCGGCUGUCCCAUCAGGCUCGGAUCUCGGCCUCCGUCAACGCCAUGAGAAUCCUCAACACCGGCACCGACGUCGAGGCUGCCGUUGCUGACGCUCUGCUCUUAGGAGACUCGAGGAGUAAGCGGAGGCCGGUCAGGCGGCGUUUCGAGUCUCCGGGAAUGUACUCAGACGACGACGCCAACAGCGACGCCUCCAGCGCCUGCUCUGAGCGUUCAUACAGCUCGCGCAACGGCGGCAUGGCGCCACACUAUCUGCGUCAGACGGAAGACGUGGCCGAGGUGCUGAACCACUGCGCCAGCGCCAACUGGUCUGAGAGGAAGGAGGGACUGCUGGGACUGCAGAACCUGCUCAAGAGCCAGAGGAUGCUCAGUCGUGUGGAGCUGAAGAGGCUUUGUGAGAUCUUCACCAGGAUGUUUGCAGACCCUCACAGCAAGAGAGUCUUCAGCAUGUUCCUGGAGACUCUGGUGGACUUCAUCACGCUGCACAGGGACGACCUUCAGGACUGGCUCUUCGUCCUGCUCACUCAGCUGCUGAAGAAGAUGGGGGCCGACCUGCUGGGCUCCGUCCAGGCCAAAGUCCAGAAGGCCCUGGAUGUUACCAGAGAGUCCUUCCCGUACGAGCAGCAGUUCAACAUCCUGAUGCGUUUCAUCGUGGAUCAGACGCAGACGCCCAACCUGAAGGUGAAGGUGGCCAUCCUGCGCUACAUCGAGGCAUUGGCCCGCCAGAUGGACCCGGCAGACUUCGUCAACUCCAGCGAGACGCGCCUCGCCGUCUCACGCAUCAUCACCUGGACCACCGAGCCCAAGAGCUCCGACGUCCGAAAGACCCUUCAUAACUGGGCAGGGGAGGAUUUCUCAGGCCGACCCAGCACCGUGGCCUCUCUGCCUGGAGAGGGCAACCUGGAGGAGAGGUGCAAGCAGGCGGCCCAGGUGGUGCUGAUCGCCCUGUUUGAGCUGAACACACCGGAGUUCACCAUGCUGCUGGGAGCUCUGCCCAAAACCUUCCAGGACGGACCACCAAGCCUGCCAAACACCUGUGAGAACGCCAGCCAACAGUCAUCGCAAUCCAGUUUUUAUCUACAGGCGUCUCCCAGUAGCACGUCGGGUCGGACGCCUCCUCGGCAGCCUGGCAGCCGCAGCAGCCCGCUGACCUCCCCCACCAACUGCUCCCAUGGGGGGCUCUCUCCCAGCCGGCUGUGGGGUUGGAGCGCAGACGGCCUCUCCAAGUUCCCUCCUCCACCCUUCCCCUCCCCUCUUCCUCCACCCGCUGCGCACUCCUCCCUCAAGGCAGUGCGGCGAGCUUACUCACCCAGCAUGCUUGAGUACGACAGCGAGAACCUGAACUCAGAGGAGAUCUACAGCUCUCUCCGGGGGGUCACCGAGGCCAUCCAGAACUUCAGCUUCCGCAGCCAGGAAGACUUGAUGGAGCCGCUGAGACGAGACGGCAAGAGGGACGGCAUGUCCGGAGUCGGGGCGUCAUCCGACGGCGACGUGGUGGGCGGACGCACAGCCUUGGACAACAAGACGUCGCUGCUGAACACGCCUUCGCCGCGCUCCUUUGCCGGCCCGCGCUUCCGAGACUACAACCCGUACAACUACACAGACAGCAUCAGCACGCUGGACAAAGCCGCCCUGAAGGAGGCGCUGUACGAGGACGCCGUGGAGCGAGACGGCAGCCGACAAGAAUGUGUCGAAAACAAGAUCAUGAACCCCAAAAGCUUCCCAGCAGGCCCCGCGGAGCAGCUGGAGCUGGUCGGGGGGCUGCUGAAGGAGCUCUCCCAGGGCCAGGCUGGGGAGCGGGGCCCCGAGGAGAGGCGGGGGACCCUGCUGGAGCUGCUGAAAGUGGCCCGAGAGGACAGCCUGGUGGUGUGGGAGGAACACUUCAAGACCAUGCUGCUGCUGCUGCUCGAGACACUGGGAGACAAAGACCACACGAUCCGGGCGCUGGCCCUGCGAGUCCUGAAGGAGAUCCUGAGGAACCAGCCGGCCCGCUUCAAGAACUACGCCGAGCUUACCAUCAUGAAGACGCUGGAGGCUCAUAAAGACUCGCACAAGGAGGUGGUGCGUGCGGCGGAGGAGGCGGCCUCCACGCUGGCGGGCUCCAUCCAGCCGGAGCAGUGCAUCAAGGUCCUCUGUCCCAUCGUGCAGACAGCGGACUACCCCAUCAACCUGGCCGCCAUCAAGAUGCAGACGAGGGCCAUCGAACGCAUCUCCAAGGAGCCGCUCCAUCAGCUGCUGUCUGACAUCAUACCCGGACUCCUGCAGGGCUACGACAACACUGAGAGCAGCGUGAGAAAGGCCAGCGUCUUCUGCCUGGUGGCCAUCUACUCUGUGAUCGGAGAGGAGCUGAAGCCGUACCUGGCUCAGCUGACCGGCAGCAAGAUGAAGCUGCUCAACCUGUACAUCAAGAGGGCCCAGACCUCCACCAGCAACAGCAGCAGCUCCUCCGACAUCUCCUCCUACUAACUCCCUCCGCACACACGUAGCUUUCGUCCUCUCCGUACCACAGAAACCAUUUUCAUUCCACCAGCCGUCAUCACGACCAGGAUCAUCUCGAUGUUCUUUGCAGGACCAGGCCAAGAACCUCAUCUUCCCAACCAGCUCCUGUUGUCAAAAUGAUUCAUUCCUUCAGCUGCUGAUGGAUCUUGAGGCGCUCAUGCUGUCGUGGCUCCAGUUUCCGGGCCUUCAUCUUGAAAGCUUAGCACAUUUCUGGGAGGUCAGGUGAUCCUGGCAGCUAAGACGUUUAAAAAAGAACCGCCAUGUUCUUCAUCCACUUUCACACUAGAGUCAUGAGCCUUAAAACUUUUAUCUUCCACUGGCGAACGAUGGAAACAAGUGAUAGUAGAAACCAUUUUUUAGAGGCUGUGUGCCUACUUUGUCCUCACUUCACCAUCUAGACCAUCUUCUUUCAUCGACCGUAGCUGAGGUGAUCCUGGUAAAUAAAUGAGUUAUCCUGACAUCGAGGCCGUCUUCUUAAACUGAAAGACCUGAGGUGAGUUAUCGUGGAAGAAAAAGAAAAAGAAGGGUUUUUGCGGUGUAACUUUCUUCCUCUCGGUGCAGGAGGAAACCUGUGGCUAUCAGUAUUUUUAUUCAUUUUUAGUAAUCCACUUCUUUGAACAAUGUUUUGCUUUGACACAUCAAACCUUAUUGUAUAUUGAAUGUAAAGAGCUUAAACAGGGUGUGGAUCUCCCCUGUGUUCCUCCCUCCUGAACUACUGCCUCAUUGUACCCGUCGGAUCAAUCUUAAAGGCGUUUGAACAUGUGCAUUUGAUGAAUUUUGAGCCGUACUGAGCAGUUAAAGAGAGUGACGCUAUAGUCUUUAAAAGGCUGAAUUUAAGGGUCCAUCUGAAGACGAAUAUGUCAAAAAUAAUCAGCUUUGAUUUAGAAGUUUGAGUGCAACAGCAGCACGUUGUUUCUUUUCUGCUGUUGCACUCAUUAAUUGAUAGUAAUAUGUGUUAGCUUUCAAAAAAAUGUGAAAUCCAAGUUCAUCUUAGUUUACAAUGAAGGAUCAUUUGGCUGGCCAAUGAUUUAAAGCACUACAGUGAUGGAAAACAACGUUGUUGUGGGCCCAACUACCAGCAGAAGAUACCAGUGUUGAUAUUUAAAUGUGCAGAAAUCAUAUUUACGGUGUGAAGAAGAGAAGAACUUAUUUUUUCCUGUGUAACACUUAUCAGUUCCCAUUUUAAAAAUCUAUAACAGAUAAAAUACUUUAUAAAAUCUUACUUCCUGUUUGUCAGAUCAAUAUAAAAUAAAGAUUUUGAUUUUUUUUCUACCUGGAUUGAAAGAAAUUAAACGACGUUUUUGCACAGGGUUUGCUUAACCCCUUUAACUAUUCAUAUUAUGCAUCAAAUCUCAUGUAUGUUGCCUUUAUGAGGCCUGAAAAAUAAUUUUUAUAUCAAAAUCAUGAUUUGAAAGAGCCAUGAUUUUAAUUAUAACUUGCAUAAUUAAUAGUUUAAUAGUUUGUCUUCACUUCCUUUCAAUAAUUAGUCAUUAUACAGCGUUAAUUUCCAAACACAAAAACACAACGAGGGCAUGCACUGGAUCAAGAAAUUAGUAUUAUGUCUGUAAUGUUGCUGGAAAUCAUUUCAAAACACGUGAUUCACACCCACUGGAUGUUUUUUAUGUACGUUACACUCAAAAGUUCCAGUUUAAAUGUAUUUAAUUAAAUCAUGGAACGUAUUUCCAUGUGAUUAAAUGGCUUUCUUUCGGGGUUAAUCAAUUAUGUUGGACAAAAUGUCAGACAAUCCCCUGAAGACCAAGUUUUGUUUUAUUUGGUCUGACUAGCAGUCAAAACCUCAAAGAUGUUGACUUUUCUAUCAGAAACUACAAGAGCUAGCAGAUUAAAAAUUUACUUCUGAAAGAAAACAUUAACGCUGAGCCCUGAUCGCGAUAUUCGUCCGAGAAAUAUAUAUAUAUAUAUUGUCCUAUAUAGCUGGCUUUUAUCCAUAUAGUCAUAGAAUUUGACUGGUAUUGUCACUGUCAUGCAGUUUCAGCAGUAAGAGAGGUGUUGUCUUAUAAUGGGACCAAACACAUUCACACAAUCUCUGGCUGUUAAAACUCAUAAAAUAAGCCUUUUUUGUACGGACUAGAUUUUGUAGUACUGUAAAGUUAGAUGAAUAAAUUUAAAGGAGCUGGCUGUGGGACAAAAAAGGUAGAAAAAGUUCAAAAUCUUUAAUUUACAUUUAUAUGAUGAACAUUGAUUACAAUGUCAAAUUAAAUUUACUUUCUUUUUCUAUUAUAGAUUUUUUUUUAAAUGGGAAGUUAAACUGUAGUUAAAAGUGUGUCAUGGACCUAAUUUGUCAUCUAUAUAUGUUUGAAAUCAUACAGCAGAUUUGUAACCAAUUUCAAAGACUGAAAGUACACAAAAUAACAAUAUAAUGAUUUUAGAAACAUAAAACCACUGAAGGACAGAAGUGAUAUUUGUCCUUCAGAGGGGUGUGAAACUGAAGGACCAGUUCUCUUUAAACUGGGAGCUUAUUGGUUUUGAUGUCUGCUGUCUUACAGGCUUGGGAAUCCACAAGCUGUCAAGUCAAGACUACUGUGAUUUGUUGAGUUUCAUUCCAAAAUUUUGAAAUGUAUACGUUAUAUUACACUAAAAAAGUAACCUAAAGGUCAAGAUUGAGGUCAAAUGUCUCAAAGUUAGUGUCAGUAUUUUAAUUUAUGGCAGUUUUUUUGGCAGUGAACUGAUGAUCAGUGGUUUAUUAUUCAGUUAUGCUGAUGAUGACAAACUGUUCACUAUGUAUUCUUGUUUUAAAGAGACGGUUUUGGGAAGAAACUCAUCUGUAUCAGUUGUUCCUAAAUUGAAUGUAAGUCACUUUUUGGACUUCGACCUUUAAAAUGUGAAAUGUUUUAGCAAAAAAAGAAAGGAAAAAAAAAAAGGCCUAAAUCUGACAGAAAGAUUGACAGAUGCUACUAAAGCAAGCGACAAUGCUAAUUGAUGACUCGUAAAGUGCCAGCGUUAUGAAAGUCCCGAAAAUGAAAUGAAAAUGAACAAAGUAUGAAAGAGAGUGUUUGACCUUUGGACAUUAGCAAUAAACUCUUGAGAAAUCCAGUUCGGAUUUUCACGUCAAAGCACUGUAAAUUUUCAUUGUGUUCCUCCUUUGAGACGCUCUCGCUGGUCAAUGUACAGAAGUCUUUUUUUUUUUUUUAAGUAUAUUACAAUAAAAUGUUACUGCUGCUUAUUAUAAUACUAACAAACAUGCCUAAUAACUCCAGCAUAUGUACUGUAUCUCCACAGAAAAGGUUUAGGUACAGCUAUGAUGAUUUAGAACAAAACUUACUGACUGAACACUUUAAUUUUUAAAUCCUCCGACCGGUUGAACGUUCCUGGUGCUAAACUCCGCCCGUCUGGCGCACAAGGCAACUUCAAACACACGCUACAGAGGAGGUUUAAGUCCCGUUGAAGGUUGACAUUUUGGGAAAUACUCUACUGUGCUUUCUUGCCGAGUGUUAAGUGAAAAGAUUGAUACCACGGUAGAUGUGAAGCUAGUUUGCUUAGCGUCGGGAACAGGUAGCCUGGUUCCGUCCAAAAGACCCUGUAGACAGCCAAGACAUCUAAUUUGAUUCAUCACAAAAUGUGUGAUAAAGGAUGACAACUUAAAUUUAGUUUUAUUAAAUGUUUUUAGCAUUUAUAAGUAAUAUAUAAACAGCAGGUGUUAUAUUCAGAGUGUAUAUAUAUAUAUAUAUAUAUAUAUAUACGAAAUUCACUAGAGCGAUAUCUCAGACCAAAUAAAUGUGACAGAAAUACCAAGAAGUCACCAAAACAGUCUUUGUUAGUCUUUCCAACAAUCACUAAAGCUGAUAAAGUCAAAAUAAAUCCUUAAUUUAUCAGAAACCUCACCAGACUCAAUAGACAAAAUUGCUAAUUCUACCUCUCAAAUCAAUGUAACAUGAUUCAAAUAGGACAGAAACCAAAUAAACAGCGCUGAGCGGCUGCUGGCUUUAUUAAGUGGUAUCAAUCUGAACAUCGACUCUCCUGUAAGUUAACAAAUUGAAGUCAUUCUUUAAUGUGAGCCCAGAAAGUGGAGGAUGCUGUUACUGAAGGCCUUAUUUUAUCUCUUCAGAUACUCUGUUGGACUGUUAAAUGUACUGUACCAGUGCCCGUUGUCACUUUUCUCUCUCAGUUGGGAGAAUUGGACAAUUUGAUCAGCUUACUUUUUGUUUUGUUUUUAACAUUCUGGACUGAAUGUUUCCUCCAGAACCAGUGAAGUGUGAUCCAGUGUUAGCCUGCUGCGCUUCAUGUCCCUUUACUUUUGUACAGCGUGUAAAACCUCUAAACUACGUCCGCAUGCGCACUCCACAGCAACCGUGGGAUGUUUUUAUCCGCCUGCGUUGCUGUCAGAUUAAAUGUAUUUGAGUAAAAAGCAGCAACCACUAACGGACAUUUAAAAGCAUACUUUUUGAUUUUAAUGAAUGUGUGCCUUUGGGUGAAGAUUCCUGGCCUGGUUGUCCCGUACGAUACUAACCCGUACUAACACUACACGACGCUGCUUCUUAAGGUGGACUGACAUGAUAAUGUGAGAGCAAUGAAGAGAUGCAGUGCUGUAAAUAAGCUUCAGUCACGAUGCAUGGCUCCCGUUUUAGUUUUAUUUUCCUGUGUAUGACUGUAUAUAUUUACAUGUUUGGUUCUCUUUCACCUGUGAUAGAACUUGAAAUAAACUAUCAGACUUCU